GAGAUUAACAUGUUUUUCCCAUUCCAGGAGAAGGAUUAGAUACCAGAAUGUUCCCAGGAACAUCUAUCGUCAUAUUAUACUGUCUGAGAUAAAGGAAGCUAUUGCAACUCUUCCACCUGAAGUAACUGCACAGCCAGUGAUGGGUUAUGAUCCACUUCCUCCACUAGACGGCAUUGUCACAUACACGAGACCUGAAAGGAUAAACCGUGCAGCAGAUGGAAGCACAUUGUCACUCUUCUUUCGGUCUUUGUUGCCAAAUUUUAAUCUCCAGGAGGACAGGAGACAGAAUGUGGAAGGUGAGGGUGCAGAGGACCAACAUGAAUUGAAUCAAGGAGUGAACCGACUCAUGGCUGCAAUGAGGGAUAUGUUAGCAAAUAUCCAUUUCCAGGAACCACCACAGGAAGAGUAUCAAGAUGGUGAUGGUGAUGGAGAAUGGGACUAAAAUUUCAUGUACUAAUCUUCGGUGAAAUGUAACUUGCAUCUGUAAGAAUAAUGCAUUCUCUAACCACUUACAAAGCUGCACCACAGUGAUAUAGAAACAUUUAUUAAAAGAUACAAUCAUAUUGUAUUUA